AUGAUCGAAUUCAAAUUGGAUCCCUCAUGGGUGGUCGCAUUUUUUGGAAUCUCGGGUGAUCCCCACUUUGGCUUGGCAUCCUCCUCCCCCCUCCUCAUCGUCAUCAUCAGCAUCCUCUCCUACUACUGUUACUCCUUCCCCUUCGCUUUCAUCUUCUCGCGUCUCACCUUCGUCUGCUUUUUCCUAGCUCGUCAAUUAAACAUGAUAAACCCUUACAUUGCCAUCCUCUGCAAAGAACGGAAGCCUGGCAUUGGGAACAGUCACAUGGUUGACUAA